CUUAUAUUCAUUAUACUAUAUUUCAAAUAUAUAUUAAUUGUACAUAUUAUUGGUAGUAUUUAUCCCUUAGGCGGUUGACCGAGUGUUUAGCUCAUACGGCUCAAACUAAUAAUGUAUCUGGACUCAUUCUUGUACACAUGAUUAGCUAGAUAGAAUAGAUAGAGUUUGUAUGCAAUUGUAAUACUCGAUGUACGUAGCCUAUUAAUAGGUUAUUCAAUAAACGAUCAUCACGACGGUGAAUUGGAUAUUCCAACUUGGUAUCAGUAGUUUUUUCUUCCUCUCUAAUGGCUACCACCAAAGCUUCCGCCUUUCACCCCGCCCUAGCUAUCUCAAACAUUAAAAAUUUUAUUCCUAUUACCCUCGACAUCGAGAACGUUGAAUACUCUUCAUGGGCGGAGUUGUUUAAAAUCACCGCCCGCGCGUAUCAAGUUCUCGACCAUAUCAUCCCUACUGUUGAUUCUACUGCAGCCAGUUCCUCUACUUCUACUACUGAACUCACUCCCGCAGAGCUUCUCGCUCAAGCUUCUGCCAAGGCAGAGGCAGCUGCUCUAUGGACCCGUUUGGACGCCAUAGUUCUUCAGUGGAUCUACGGUACAAUAUCUCAUGACUUACUCCACACCAUUAUUGAACCGGACGCCACUGCGCAGGAAGCUUGGGAUCGCCUCACUGAUAUUUUCCUUGACAAUAAACAUUCUCGGGCUGUGCAUUUGGAAAAUUUGUUUUCCAACACCCGUUUGGAAAAUUUUCCCAAUGUUGCAGCGUAUUGUCGUACUCUCAAAACCCUGGCUAAUCAGCUACAUAAUGUUGGUGCCACGGUUUCCCCCGACCGCCUUGUUCUCCGCCUAGUCAACGGUCUUCCCGCUCAGUACGACACCAUCGCGUCCAUGAUUCAACAGGCCACACCUCUUCCUACCUUCCAAACUGCCCGGUCCAUGCUCCUGCUUGAUGAAACCCGUAAGGCACACCAACUUGGCACUUCCUCGGCCAGUGCACUACUCCAUGGUGCGCCGUCACAGUCUCCCUCUCCUCGCCCAGGUCAAUCCAGCCGCGGUGGGCGCGGUUCUUCUUCUGCCCGACGAGGUCGUGGUGGUCGUGGUACACCUCGGCCAGACCCCACUCCCCCUACAUGGAACCCCAACGCUUGGACAUCACCACCGCCAUGGGCCUACUGGAUGCCGCCGUCACCUUGGGCCAUGCCACCAUGUCCUCAUCCGUCUGCUCCUUGGACUGCUCCCUCCCCACGCCCUACUUCCGGAGCAGGUAUUCUUGGUGCUCGGCCAAAUCAGGCCCAUCUCUCGGGUCCGGCUCCGGCUCUCACCGAUAUUAAUGCCGCCAUGCAUACCAUGACACUCGCACCACAGCCGGAUGACAAUUGGUAUAUGGACACUGGGGCCACAUCACAUAUGACCUCCAAUUCGGGAUCUCCACACGGGCACAGUUCUCAUGAGAUGCAAUAGUUCGGGUGACCUCUACCCCAUUCAGCCUCACAUAUCCAGACCGGCUCACUCAGCUUUUCUCACUACCUCGGCGACUACUUGGCACCAUCGGCUAGGUCAUCCCGGGGACCCCGUUUUUAGUUUUCUUAGAACAAAUAAAACUAUUCCUUGUACUUCUCUUAGUAAAUCUUUAUGUAUUUCCUGUGAACUUGGCAAACAUAAAAAAUUGCCAUUUUCCAUUUCUCAUUCUGUCACUUAUUCCCCAUUUGAAAUAAUACACAGUGAUUUGUGGACCUCUCCUGUUCUUAGUUCUACUGGUCAUCGAUAUUAUUUAAUCUUUGUUGAUGAUUAUACGAAAUAUGUUUGGGUUUUUCCCUUAACCUCUAAAUCCCAAACGUUCCCUACUUUUGUUAAUUUUCAUGUUUAUGUUCGCACUCAAUUUGAACGUAACAUUAAAAUUUUU